AUGGAAUGCCUCAUGACUGUUGUAGCUGGCCUCCUGCUCCUGACCCUGUGUGCCCACUGCAUUGCACCUGCAGGCUCUGCGGUCAUCUCCUCUUCCUGUUGCUUGUCUUUCAUUUCCAAGAAAAUUCCUGAGAGCCGAGUGGUAAGCUACCAGCUGUCCAGUGGGAGCAUAUGCCCCAAGGCAGGAGUGAUCUUCACCACCAAGAAGGGCCAGAAGUUCUGUGGUAACCCUAAGCAGGACUGGGUCCGGAAGUAUGUGAAGAACCUGAAUGCCAAACGGAAGAAGACAUCCGUGCCAGUGGUCACCAAAGUCUCUCUCCAGUACCCUACUAACAUCUCUAUCUAA